AUGAUAAUAAAUAAUGAAAAAAAAAAGAAAAAACAUACAAGAAUCAUUUAUUUUUUAGUUAUUUUAUUUUUCUUUUUAAUCAAAAUUAAUAUAUGUAUGAUGAAUAUUUCUAACAUUCUACAAAUUCCUAUAAAAAGAAUAAAUAAAUCAGAAAUCUUAAAAUUUUACAAAAUAUGUGCAAAAAAAAACUUUUUUUUAUGUAGCAAAGAAAGAAAAAAAGAAAAAAAAAUAUUCUUAUUUAUAAAAAAUAAAUAUAUAUUUAAAAAAAAAGAAAAAUUUUAUUUUAACAAAUUAAAGGAUACAAAAGUCCUAAAAUCUAAUAAAAAAAACAUUACAGAAACUGAAAACUAUGUUGAAUUAAAUAUAGGUGAUGAUAAACAAAACAAUCAUUUAAAAAGUUCAGAAGUUGAUAACAGCGAACGAAAUAUCAUUACAAAAACUUCAGAACUCAUCAAAUAUUUAAAUUUUAAUUUUGAUGAAGAAUGUAAAGAUAUAAUUAUUAGAAUAGGAAAUUUUCUAGAAGUGUCUCCCCAUUUAUUAUUUAAAGAUGUUUGUGUUAAUUUAAAUAAAUUAUACACAAAUUUAUAUACUUAUGAUAAUGAAAAUAUUCCAUUUUGCUAUACAGAGCAUACUUUAAAUAUAAAUGAUGACAUAAUAAAACAUAACAAAUUUAAAAUAUAUUGUGUACUUGGUCUAAAGGUUUUAAGAAUUUUUUUAAUAAAAUAUUUAAGAAGUAUUAGACUAUGUAUCCCUGUAGAAGUAAGAAAAAGAUAUAUUUAUGAUUUUUUAAAAAUUCAAUACAUAUCUAAAAUAUACGAUGAAAAAUAUAAUUUAAUUGAUAUCAGUGUAUAUAAUAAUAUAUCAGAUAAACUAAAAGCCAAGAUUAUAUAUUUUUAUUUAUGCUUAAAACCUCAAGAUGUACCCAACAUUUUAAUAAAAAUAUUUAAAGCAGCUAAUUAUAAUGAUGAAAAUGAAUUAUUAUAUAAAUAUAUUAUGAAUUCAAAAUUCACAUCAAGAGGAGGUAAAAGGUUUCAUAAAAAUAUUACAAAGGAAUAUAGAAAGUUAUUUGAAAAAGAUAAAUUAAAAAAAAGGCAUUCUGAAGAUGACAUACUAUGGCAAAGAUUUCUUUCUUUAAUCAAAGAAUAUAAUUCAGAAAUAGCUAAUGAUAAGAAAAUCUUGAGAGAUACAUAUCUCCACAUCUUUAGUAAAAUAAAUUUCUCUAAUGAUGAAUUAAUACAUUUAUUUGAAAAAAAAGGGUUUUAUAUCUUUAAUGAAGAUGAUAAGGAAAAUAAAAAUAAGAGUGAAGUUGAAAUUGAAAAAGAUGUUAAAUCUAUUAAGAAGGAAAAAUUAGAAAUAGGAUACCGAAGAAGAAUGUGUAUUGUUAAUUAUAUCAACAAUUUAAAAAAAUUUAUUACUGAUUAUAUUCAAAGAAACAAAAGUAUAUAUCACAGUUUUUAUCUUUUAAAAAAAAAUAUAAAUUUUCCUAAGAAUAUUUAUUAUGAUGAUCAUAUAUCAAAAAAUACUAACAUUUUCCAUUUUACAAAUAUAGAAGAUACUAUAAAAGAACACAAAAUUGAAACUGAUAAACCAGAAGAUAUAAAUUAUAAAAAUACUUCUAAUGAUAUAAAUAAUAUGUCUAAUAAUUCCAAGCAUGAGGAAAAUACAAAAGUGAAAACAGCAAAUGAAUCAAGUGAUGUUGAACAUAUUGAGGAUAUUUCGAAAAAUGGUGAAAGUGAAAAACAGUAUAAUAAAGAAAAUAUAAAUAACAUAAAUAUUGAUACAACAGAUAAAAAGAUUAUAAAUGAAGAUGAUAUUAGCAUUUAUCGCGAUCAAAUUUUAAAUAACACAAUUGAUAGUAUACUAGAUAUACUCAUCGAACAUUCGGGAUUUAAAAACAUAAAAACAUUAUUUGGAAUACACAAUUCACUAAAAAACAACAAAGAAUUUAAAUUAAUUCAUUUUAAAAACAAAUUUUAA